AUGGACCAAAACAUCGGUCACAUCCUCGCAGACCGCAGCGACUGGCCGUCAUGGUACAAACGCAUCCGACUCGUGGCUCUCAGCAAGGAGGUAUGGCCGUACAUCGACCCCGACUCCAAAGAACCCCCGUGCUUGCCCCUGGAGCCGCAGCGGCCUGCCUACGGGGACUUCCAGCUCGGUGCGCAGCGGUACUCGUCUCUGGAAGACAGGAACCGGAUGGACUAUGACCAUGCACUAGCGACGUGGCGCUGGACGCACGACGACUGGCGCCGGGUCCGGGGUGAUGUUGCGUAUGUUGCGCUGCUGAUUGCGUCGUCGGUGUCGAGGUUCGCGCACGACCUGAUUGUGGAUGAGGAUGAUCCGAGGGAGAUGCUGGUGACGUUGAAGAGGCGCAUGAUUCCGCAUCCCCUCCCACACCUCUUCAUCCCGCCCUCUCACCAUCUCCACCGUCUCCUCAUCCACAUUCAGCGUCCCAGCCAGGUAAUGCAGCGCCGUAUUCCCAUCCACAUCCGGCGCCCUAACGUCCACCGCACCCCCGUCAAGAACUGCCUUCACCGUCGCCCUCAACGCCCUCUGCUCCCGCUCUUCCAUCGCGUCCGCGCACAGUGCAGGCUCCGCGCCACGCUCGCCCGCCGCGACACAAUCGCCUCCCCCACCAGCGGUAAGCACGCCACAUGCAACAGCGUCUGGCCCAGCGCCGUUCUCCCCGCCGCCGCAAGACCACCGGACACAUACCCGGCCACCCAGCGGAGGAGAUCUGGGUCGUGCCGCGCCGCCGCGAAGUGGAGGACGUGCACGCCGAAGACGGGCCCACGACACCGGUUCCUCUUCACCGUCACCGUCACCGAGACCAUCAGACCCCACCAACCAAGCCGACUCGUCCGCGCCAGCGGCCCUCAACAGCUCGAACACAUCGACAUCGCCGUAGGACGCGGCGACCUCCAGCGCGGUGCGCGCGGGACCCGAGCGUAG